GUUGGUGAUAUUCGACUGUUAUUUCCUUCCCCGCUGACGCGAAGGAUGAUCAACAUGACCCUACUGCAUACUGCUAGCACGCCCGCAGUUGGCGCUUACCCCACGGGGUCACAAUACCCCGCUUGCGAUACUCCACAAACCAACGCGAUAUCAACCUUGGCAAGCCUGAUAUAAAGACAAAUAGGAAAGCGAGACAUCCAUAGAGCACAGCGCCUUGAGCACUGAGAAUUCUCCUCACUCCGGCAAUCAUGACUGAUCAAUCCAAACCCAAGAAUUCGGCAGAGCAUAUCGACACGAUCUCUGUGAAUGACCAGCCUCUCAAGCCCCAGUAUGAGGAGCUCGACAAGUUCGGAGCUUCUUUGGUGAAGUCAGAUGCCGAGAAGGCUCUGGUGAAGAAGCUCGACCGUUGGAUGAUGCCCAUCCUUUGGCUCAUGUACUUCCUCAACUUCCUUGACCGUAACGCCAUCGUCAACGGCAAGAUCGACAACAUGGACAAGGACCUCAAACUCACAGGUGUUCAAUACAACACUUGCGUCUCUAUCUUUUUCGUUGGUUACCUGGUCGGCCAAGUUCCGAGCAACAUGCUGCUUAACCGCAUUAAGCCCUCCUGGUACAUGUCUGGCUGGAUGCUGGCAUGGGCUAUUGUGUCUACACUCAUGGCGGUUGUAAAGGACUACAAGGGCAUGCUUGCAUGCCGUUUCGUCCUUGGAAUUACAGAAGCGCCGUUCUACCCCGGAGGUGUCUAUCUCAUUUCCAUGUUCUACACACGAAAGGAGAGCGCCACGCGCAUGUCCAUCUUCUACACCGGUAACCUGCUUGCCAGCAGUUUCUCUGGUCUCAUCGCUGCAGCAGUAUUCUCCGGCAUGGAGGGCAAGCACGGCCUCGAGGGCUGGAGGUGGCUCUUCAUCAUCCAGGGUGUCAUCACAGUUGGCGUUGCUGUCUUGGCCUUCUUCAUGUUGCCUAACGCCCCCCUCCAAACACGAUGGCUUACACAAGCGGAGCGCGAACUUGCACACAGCAGAAUUGCCUUCGAUACUACUGGAAAGAAGGAGAAAGUCAGCGUCUGGAAGGGACUCCGCGAGGCCUGUACCGAUUACCGCAUGUGGAUCUUCGCACUCAUGCAGAAUCUUCACUUAUCCGCAAAUGGCUUCAAGAACUUCCUGCCCACUGUUGUCCAGACUCUUGGCUUCAACCGCACUAUCACGCUUGUGCUCACCUGCCCGCCAUACCUGCUCUCUGCAUUCGUUUCCGUCGCUGUCUCUUGGUCAUCCGGCAGAUUCAACGAACGCACUUGGCACAUCACAGCCUCCAAGGCUGUUGCUAUCGUCGGUUUCAUCAUCGGAACUGCCACACUCAACAUCGGUGCACGAUACUUCGCCAUGAUCUUGUUUGUCGGUGCAACAUAUGGUGUGAACAACAUCAACUUGUCCUGGACUGCUUCAGUCCUUGGUCAGACCGACGAGAAGAAGGCUGUCGCUAUUGCCAUCGCCAACACAUUGGGUAACCUGUCCUUUGUGUACACGCCGUACCUGUGGCCGGAUUCCUCCAAGCCCCGCUUCACCAUGGCUAUGUGGGCUAGUGUCGGCUUCAGUGCAGGCGUCAUUCUUUGUGCCUGGGUACUCAGAUUCAUCCUGAUGAGAGACAACCGCAAGAUCAAGGCCCUGAACAAUGAGGCCAUCAACUUUUACGUUUACUAGGGGUUGCCUUGGGUCGAGAUAAGACCGAGUAUGUUCGUAUCGAGUAGAGCGCAGUGCGCAGAAUAUUUGAGGACUUUGGCGAGAAUAUACCAUUCCAGCCGAUGACAUUACUACGAUAUGAAUGAAUUGAUG